AUGUUUGCAUGUAAAAAAUUAUCUCUCUCAUUCUAUUCUACAAAUGCAACACGACAAACGAUAUCUGUGCUAUUUGAAAAAGAAAAAUUGUGUCUAACUAAUUUUCAUCAGCUAAUCCAACACAAGUUUAAAAAUUAUUCAACUAAAAGCACUGGAUUUGUUCAAAAUGCUGCUGUUAUUUUUGCUGCAAUUCCAUCUAGCUAUCCUGAAGCUGGAAAACAUAUUAGAUAUGUUAAAAAUCGAACAAUCAACGUUGACUGUGUUAACACACAAGGUGGCAUUGUAACAAAAAAUCUUGCCAUAUCCAUUGAUCCAUACAUGAGAGGACGCAUGAGACCAAUUGGAACGAAAAGUUAUGUAGAAGCAUUUGAACUCAAUCAACCAUUGACAAAUUUCUUCGUCGGUAAAAUUGUUAAGUCAGAUAAUAAUAAAUAUAAAGCUGGCCAAUUUGUUUAUGGACAAGGAGCAUAUGAAGAAUAUACAGUUCAUUCAAAAGAUCAGACUGAAUCACUUCGUAUUCUAAGUGAUGAAGAACUCAAACUUGGCUUACCACUAACUACUUGGGUAGGAGCUGCUGGAAUGUCAGGACAAACAGCUUUCUAUGGUUUAUACCAUAUUGGAAAACCAAAGAAGGAUGAAACAAUUUUCAUUACCGGAGCUUCAGGAGCUGUUGGUCAGAUUGUUGGACAACUCGCUAAACGUGAAGGUCUCAAAGUAAUAGGAUCAGCUGGUACAGAUGAUAAAGUAGAAUGGCUUCAAAAAGAACUUUGUUUUGAUCAUGCAUUUAAUUAUAAAACAGCUAAUGUAAAAGCAGAACUUGCUAAAUUUGGUCCAUUAAAUAUUUAUUUCGAUAACGUUGGCGGUGAACAACUUGAAGCAGCGCUUGAUGCUGCCGCUGAUCAUGCUCGUUUUGUUGAAUGUGGCAUGAUUUCACAGUUUCAUAAAUCUAAUGAUAGCGGCAUUCGUAAUCUUAUCUUAGUUGUUCGAAAACGACUUACACUUCAAGGCUUUAUUAUUUUGGAUCAUGCAAAAGAUGAAAACUUUAAUAGAGAAUUUUACUCGAAAGUACCCAAAUGGAUUGCUAAUGGUGAAUUGAAAGUCAAAGAAGAUGUGACGAAAGGUUUGGAAAAAGCUCCUGAAGCAAUUGUCGGAAUUUUCAAAGGAAAAAAUUUCGGCAAAGCUGUUAUUAAAAUAGCCGAUGAUUAA